AUGACAAAAGGUGAGUCACAUGCAUGUUCCUAUUGAAAGGAAUUUCACGGUCAUCUCAAGAACCUCUCUUCGGGAAAAUCUGCAAGACUUAAAAUGACCAAAAACACCAAUAUUCGAAUCAGUCUACCAGCAGUUUGCUUUGUCUGGCAGAUUGCCAUGAUCAUCCUGUUUGGUGUGUUCAUUCGUUAUAAUGAGGAGUCUGACACCCAUUGGAUCGAACACAAGAGAAGAAAAAAUAUUUCCACGCAUUUAGAGAAUGACUUUUACUAUAGAUAUCCAAGUUUUCAGGAUGUGCAUGUGAUGAUCUUUGUUGGUUUUGGAUUUCUCAUGACCUUCCUUAAGCGUUAUAGUUUCGGUGGAGUUGGCUUCAAUUUUCUCAUCGCAGCUUUUGGAAUUCAAUGGGCUCUGCUGAUGCAAGGCUGGUUUCAUCAUCUUGACAGUGAUGACUGGAAAAUAAAAAUUGGGAUUGAGAACCUCAUCAAUGCAGAUUUCUGUGUGGCCGGCUGUCUCAUUGCAUAUGGCGCUUGUCUUGGAAAGGUCAGUCCAGUGCAGCUGAUGGUUCUUACUCUGUUUGGAGUCACCCUGUUUGCAGUUGAGGAGUAUAUCAUUUUAGAACUCCUUCAUGUGAAAGAUGCUGGUGGUUCUAUGGUCAUCCACACUUUUGGAGCAUAUUAUGGUUUGACCAUAUCUUGGAUCUUAUAUCGACCAUUGCUAUCUCAAACCAAACAUUUACAAGGAUCCGUAUACCACUCCGAUGUGUUUGCAAUGAUUGGCACUCUCUUUCUUUGGAUGUUCUGGCCCAGUUUUAAUUCUGCUAUUGCAGAUCAUGGAGAUGGGCAGCACAGAGCUGUUAUAAAUACCUACCUCGCACUGGCCUCAUCAGUUCUCACUACCUUUGCCAUUUCAAGUCUCUCACAGAAACAUGGAAAGCUUGACAUGGUACAUAUUCAGAAUGCUACCUUGGCUGGUGGUGUUGCGAUGGGAACAGCUUCAGAGUUCAUGAUAACGCCUUACGGCUCUCUGAUAGUGGGAUUCUGUUCAGGCAUUGUUUCCACACUUGGAUAUCUGUUUCUGACUCCUUUUAUGGAAAAAACUCUGAAAAUACAAGACACUUGUGGUAUACAUAACCUGCAUGCAAUGCCUGGAGUUAUAGGUGGUAUUGUUGGAGCUAUUACUGCAGCUUCCGCCAGUGAGUCAGUUUAUGGAAAAGAAGGGUUGAUUAACACUUUCGACUUCAAGGAUGCCAUUGCUAACAGGACAGCCAGCACUCAGGGUGGUUACCAGGCAGCUGGUCUCUGUGUUGCACUAGCAUUUGGCCUUGCAGGUGGAGCUUUGGUUGGAGGGAUACUAAAGCUGCCAAUCUGGGGAGACCCAGCAGACGGUAACUGCUUUGAUGAUGAAGUUUACUGGGAGGUUCCAGAGGAUGAGGAUGAUGAUAUUCCUGCCUCAAGACACCUAGACAUGAACCAUGUAAGAAACAUGGCAGAUGUAUAUCAACGAAGUAAUGUGUAGGGGGAAAACCGCCUUAAAACGCCACUUCCUGAAGAACUCUGAAUGAUGAUUGAAUAAGAAUCAUGAAAGAUUUACAGACUGAUUAGAUAAGCUACUCAAUGGAAUUUUUUAAGUCAGUCAUGUGCUGUGGGUUAUACAAUGUCAUAAUCCUAAGGCAUCUUGUCUAUAGCACCUGAAUAACCAGUGUUGCCACUGCUGCUAGUGCUUCCGCAAAAACCUUUCCAAACAGUAGGGUUAUUUCCUUUUUGAAUUCUUUACAUUCCUACACCAAUGAUGAAACUUCAAAUAAUCUUUGUUCGUAAUGUGACUAUCUAUACUGAUUCGAGUUUUGUCAUUGUAUUGUUAAUAAUCAACAUAUAAUUAAUCUGUUCAGUGAAAGAAUAAGAACAAGAUUGAUUGACUGCAUGACAAGCUAACUACCCAUGUUAUUUAACAUAGUGAUAAAACCUACCCAAUAAAGUCAAUUAUUUUUUGUCAUAUAUCGAUUUCAUAGGUUUUUAAUACUUUUGAAUGCUAAAGGAUGUUGAUGCUAUAACAUGUGAUCGACUUUGACAGAUGAAUUUGCAUACUUGCCCGAGGCCUCUAUUUGAAGGAACUCAUUGUGAGCAAAAAAGAAACUUCCUACUGUCUGGAAUGUUGAGAGUUACUGAUCCAUCAAAUCUAUUUGGGCAAAAGUCCAAUUUAUUAAAAUAAUGAGUGGGUCACUCCUAUCGGACAGCAUAAGAUCUCUCUAAAUGAUAUCUUGGAAUCAUUAUCUUGUCACUACAAUUGUUGCCUACUAACAUUGAUAUUCUCUUUUAUUCUCCCUUCAUUCUUUCUCAGCCUCAAACCUUUCUAACAUUGGGAGUAUUUGUCACACCAGAGAAAUGAAUGUUUGUGAAAUUUCUUUGUUUAUGAAAGCUGUCAUGGGUAAAGUUAUGGUUAGGUUUGGAGUUAGGGAUGCUGUUUAAAAAAAAAAAAAAAGAAUGUACAUGCAUAAAACUAAGAAAAGAGAACAUGCUCUAUGGACCAGUUUAGCUACACAGCUGGUGUUUUUUUUUUUUUUUUUUUUUUUUGCCCUAAUUGACCUAAACUAUUUGCCAAAAGGAAGCAUUUAAAAAGUGGUAACUACAGGAAGGAGGCAACAAGUAAGAUAGCAAUUUUAGCUAGAGACCUUGAGAUUGUACUCUGAUAAUAGCCAACAAUGCUCUGUGCAGACUAGAUUAUGUGUUGAUGUCUGCCCUUAAAAUUGACAGAUGCAACUUGUACUGUAUAAGACAUUUUACUAAUUUAAUAAAAAAAUAAUAAUGUCAUGCAAUUAUAAAAGACAUUCAAAUACAUGUGAUUUAACUGCAAAAACGGACAACACACACCCUAAUUUUUCUUGUUUGCUGAGUUGUUAGCUGUUUCUCUUAAAUGAAUUCCUUUAUGAAUCUCCCCAUUUAUAUCUUUUUCACCUGUUAAGUUUCAUUAUUUUCAUAAUCUUUUUCAUCUGUUAAGUUUGAUUAUUUUCAUUAUAAUCAUUAUCUACAGUGCUGUUGUAAUAAUAUUGUACAACCAGUUUGUCUUUCUGCAAGAGCUGUUUACACUUGGACAGAAAGUAAUUGGCUGACUGAUUGUUGGUGAAUUUCUACUCUGAUUAAAGGAACUAGAUUGAGGGUUAUAAUUCCCCCCCCUUCAGACAACCUCGUGAAAAUGCAAAUAAAUUGCUAUAAUUUUUUCCCUGUUUUUUACAUCAGAACUGCAAGUCUUCAAAGUGGAUGAAAAUGAAACCUUCUCCUUAUUACCCAACAUUUUGGCAUUACAACUGAAAAAAACUGUGUGUUCCAUGUAAAAUUUGUAAGUCACCCUAUACUUCUGUUGUAUAUUUUGUGCGGAAUACAGUGUAAUGAAACUUUAGCCAUGAAUACGUUUAUGAACAUAAUGAUGUAUGUCAACAUAAAUAUAAACAUAUUAAUGCAUGUUAAAACCUCUCCAUGGCCCAAAAGGGUUAAGUUAUCACAAUAUCCAUUCUCAAGUUGUGGAUCAAGAUGUUCAUGUUCUUUGCUUAUUUGGCAAUCUGUGAUGCAUCUAUGCAAUGUUUCCUUUCUAGUGCCAAAGAUGCAUAGAGCUUCCUUUUCAAGUCUUACAGUUUUUAUUUUAUUUAUUGUAACUGCUUAUAUGUAUGAUAUUUUGAAAAAUAAUGACCAAAAUUAAAGAGUAGAUUAUA